UCUUAUGGGGACUUCUUUUCUGCAACCUGCCAGCCUGCUACUCAGUCACUCACUCACUACCUGACACCUACUACUAAGUACCCUAGGUAGGCUCCAUUUUCUUUUCUGUUCAUACGAUCAUCGCACAACAAAGUCACUGCUCUACUUUUGUUCUUUUGUGCCUUUGUCCUGGUGGUUCGCUGUCAAGAAUGCGAGUUCGGAGCCUCACGGCGCAUACAAAAACUCUGGCCUCUGCCCUGAAAUAAGUGGCGAUUGUGUUCACCUCUCACUCGCCGCCUUUCUCGCUCACGCUCACCCUCACUUUGUUCUCCACUACUAGACAUCAAUCAACACCAGAACCUCAUCGCAUCGCUUGCCUGUCGCAUUGGCGAGGCGGGCCUCUCCCGGCUUCAAUGGAGAUUCAACAUCCCCCGCAUGAGUUUGCGGAACCCGUUCUUCAUUUCCAGCACUCUUCGCACCUUGAACCUGAACCUGCGCCUGCGCCUGGGCCACUUCCCACUACCGAAUCCCUAGACGAGCAGCCUCCAAUCCCCGCCAAAACACAGCAAGACGUCAUCGAACCACAGUAUCCUCAACCGUCUCAAUUAAUCUCAGACCAAGAUAUCGUCACGAAUGGGCUUUCUCCGCUAGGACAAGUCCCAUCACUGUCCCCGGAGCUUGACAAAGACGACGCAAGCUCAAUUCUCAGUGAUCUACCAUCCGAAUUGGAUGAGCCUGCUGCAGAACCUGAACCAAUAGAUUUUGAUUGGGAUGGCCCCGAGGGACAUCAAGUUCUCCGACUCAAGCCAACCGUUGAGCAAUGGAACGACUUUCCGGCCAAUCUCGCAUUUGCCAGAAGUCUUAAGGCUGAAAGCCAUGGUUGUUUUAAAAUCGUCCUUCCUGAGGAACUCAUAGAAGACCUCCCAGCAAAGGACUCUCAAAAAGUACCGGCGAAUGCUUAUCGCCCAACCCAAAUAAAAAGGAACAGUUUCUGGCGAGUUGACACAGUUCCGUCCGUCGGCAGUUUCAACUCGUCCGUUACAGGUGCGAAAUGCAAUGUCACGGCGAUCAAAGCCAUCGAUCAGCUCAGAAAACUUUAUCGCAAGAACGACCACAAGCAGAUUCGCAAUGUACGUUAUCGAGUUGACGUGCCUGCAUGGACUCCCGAACAACGCCUUGAAGCCGGGGUUCCUGAAAAAAGCCCAAUUUAUCCCCUCAAAGGCGAUAAGCUGGAUAACACAAAAGCCAUAAUUCCUGGAAUCCAUACUCCAUAUGUGUAUGAAUCAGGGCCCCAUUUCGGGGCAAGCUUUCAAAUACACGCAGAAGACUUCCGGUUGGUUUCGCUCAACCAUCUAUACAAGGGACGGAAAAUCUGGAUCGUUGUGCCAUCGACUGCGGUAUAUGUAGCAGAAGAGGCCCUUGGCCGCAAGGACAAGUGCUCUCAGUUCAUGCGGCAUCGAGCCGAGUUUUUCUUUCCCCAGAAACUGGAAAAACUUGGCAUACCUUUCCGCAUCAUUGACCAGCGCCCUGGCGAGACAAUAGUAAUUCUCCCAGAUGCAUACCACGAGGGCUUUAGCACAGGAUAUACGAUCGCUGAAGCCAAGAACUACGCUGAUGAUGCUUGGACGACGAGCACCUACCAGCCAUGUGAGGCAAAGUGCCAGCUGGCCACGGCCAUCCCAGCUGACUUGCUGAGGCCAUUGCAAGUGGGAGAGACACAGCUCGACCUGUGUGCUGGUUUUGAUUUGGCGGCAGAGCAGGAAUCACCUCCUGCGACACAAACACCCGAAAAGACAAAGAGACGUUUCGAGGACGACGGACAAAGUAUUGGGAACACUAAGAGGACUAAGGUCUAGAACGGUGCGUGGGGGAAGAAUACUGCUCAUUUACAUGCUUUUACGGAGUUGCUAUGGCUUUGCUUGUUGAUGUAUUGGUCAUCAACUAUUGCAAUCUGCUAGGGGUGGGAUUUUGCUACAAAUGGCUUCAAUACCCAUGACGCCCGGCGUAUGACACUUUUCGGCAGAUGGCUUUGAUUUUACGGGUUAGGAACUUGGUUGUUUUUGGCGAUGCCCUCCUGUACAGAGUACUUUUGUUAACUGGGCUUAGCAGGUCCCUCUAUUUUCGGUCUAGAAAGGUCUUUCUUCGUAUUGGUUUUCGUUAUGCGUCGUGUGAAAACGUUACACCCAACUUCCAGCCAUCUAGAGGCACAUUAUAGCAUGUCAUUUGUGAAUAUUGGAACAGAACAGGCAAUGACAUGACGUCCAAGAUUACAAAAUCCCACCUCUUUUACAUACGUCUCUCUUCCUCCUGUCUUCGCAAUUCGUCACGGAAAGCAUUGCGACCACCUGUGGUGCCGUGCUGAGGGAAUGUAGCAUCGACAGGGCUGUCGGCCAGGCUGCCAAGACCGUCGCUGUCGGCACGAGCACGCUGAGGAGCGUCACGGUAUUCACCAGGAGGAGGAACUGAAGUAUCGAGCUGGAUGCCAUUAUCUCUGGCACCAAAGAUACGGCGCUUGGCACGGCCAGUGUAACCGUGACGAGACCGGCUCGAGAUAUUGCCGAGUCCGAUACGGCGGGUCUUGCGGUUCCAGAGGAAGCCACCGACGACAAGGAGAAAGAGAGAGCCAAAGACGACAGGCAGAGCGAUGGUCAAGGUCUGGCCCUCGGGCAACUUCUCGUGGGACUUCUCAGGGAAGUUUUGGUCAUUAAGGUUAAGGUAAAGAGACGAGGACUUGGUCUUCUCGAGGGAGUUAUUGCUGUUGCUGUAGAGGGUGAUGGAGAUGUUGUAGGGCGAGUACUUCAUGUAUUCCUGCUUGACAUCGAAAGGCCAGUAGCCCCAAGAGGCGGGGACGGCCGAAUCAGUGAAUUCCUUGUACUUCACCCAUGAUUCACUAGUACGGUUGUAGAGGUCGAGGCGAGCAGUGACCAGGAGAGUAGAGUUAUCAGAGGACUUGGUCUUGUUGAAGUAAUCGGGAUCCCAGGUGACUGAAAACAUGUUAGUACUGUAAUUGACGCAUCAACGAACG